GAGGGCGGGGCCAGACGGGCCGUUGUGCAGCGCCGCCCCCGCCUCGGAGGUCUGCGGCGGCCGCCCGUCCCUUCGGCAGCCCCGAGUGCGGGGGGGCCUGGCCCGGCAUGGCCAGGCCACUGCUGCUGCCUGCAGACGGACAGAUGGCAGCCGCCCCAGCCCCAACCAGUGCCCUGGCCCGUGGUGGACUGCCGGUGGCAGCCGUGCCAAGGGCUGGCUGAGGACAGGGCCUCUCCAGGCCAUUGGCGUUCCCGGCCUCUCUCCGAUUUGGAUCCUCCUUCACUCUGGGCGCGGCUGCCUUUUGCCUCGCCGCCGUCAUGAAUGGGCUGUCGAUCAGCCAACUCUGCUGCCUCUUCUGCUGCCCUCCCUGCCCCAGCCGCAUCGCUGCCAAACUGGCCUUCCUGCCCCCGGAGCCCACCUACGCCAUGGUCCCCGAGCCGGAGCCUGUGGGCAGCACCAGCACUGGCUCCCUGCGCGGCAGCGCUGUGGGGCGGUGGAAGCUCCACCUGAAGGACCGGGCGGAUUUCCAGUAUUCCCAGCGGGAGCUGGACAACAUUGAGGUGUUCUUCACCAAGAGCAGCCGAGGGAACCGUGUCGGCUGCAUGUACGUCCGCUGUGUGCCAGGUGCCAGGUACACGGUGCUCUUCUCGCACGGCAACGCUGUGGACCUGGGGCAGAUGAGCAGCUUCUACGUUGGGCUGGGCACCCGCAUUAACUGCAACAUCUUCUCCUACGACUACUCGGGUUACGGCGUGAGCACGGGCAAGCCCUCGGAGAGGAACCUCUACUCCGACAUCGAUGCUGCGUGGCAGGCGCUGCGGACGCGGUAUGGCAUCAGCCCGGAGAACAUUAUUUUAUAUGGACAAAGCAUUGGCACAGUGCCCACGGUUGAUCUGGCCUCCCGCUACGAGUGCGCUGCCAUUGUGCUCCAUUCCCCGCUCACCUCUGGCAUGAGAGUUGCCUUCCCUGAGACCAAGAAGACCUACUGGUUUGAUGCCUUCCCCAACAUUGAGAAGAUCGCCAAAAUCACCUCUCCAGUCCUCAUCAUCCAUGGCACAGAGGACGAAGUCAUCGACUUCUCCCACGGCCUGGCACUCUUUGAACGCUGCCCCAAGGCUGUGGAGCCGCUGUGGGUGGAUGGGGCUGGGCACAAUGACAUUGAACUCUACAGUCAGUACCUCGAGCGCCUUCGGAAAUUCAUCUCCCAGGAGCUGACCAGCCAACACAACUAGCUGCGGGGCGGGGGGACGGGCAGGGGGUUUCUGCCCAUUUCUCCAGUUCUCCCAGUGUCCCUCCCCAGUCCCUGCUGCUGGAGGUGCAAUGAGUUUGUACAGCCUCAGCUCUGGGCUCAAGAGAGGGCAGGAGGCCCUGGAGCAGACGGUGCGUUUCCUCUUGGACGUGAGCACAACUGUCUUCCCCUCCUGGUGUCAGCCCCAGCACUGCUGGCACCACCAGCUGGGCUAGCAAGAGAUGGCAGCUCCCUCCUUCCCCCUUCUCCAGAAAGAUGAGAGCCCACCCUCUUGAUGGCGUAUCCUUGGCUUCGGACAUGUCCUCAUCCCCUCUCCUAAAACAGUGAACUCCUGAGCUCCUCCUGGCUUCUCUGCUGCUCUGACUAUAGCAAUAAGGCGAGUUGGAGAGGGGCUGGGGGCCCGGCCCACUCCCUGGUGCUGCUGCGAGGUGGGACAGAGGAAGUAGCAGUUCCUGCUCUUGAUGGAACGUUCCUGGGAUCAGUGCUGGUGGUGGCGGGGUGCCUGGUGCCGCCCCGCAGCCAGGGCAGAGCUACGUCCCCACGGGUAGUUUAGGGACACGUGGAGGAGGUGCCUGCCCUGCACCCCCUCCACUCUGCCUUCUCAGAGCACUCCCUGUCUUCAGGUCACCCCUGGAAAACCUCCUCCAUACCACUCGCUCAUGGUACGCUCGGCAAAUGGGGUGAGGAAACCAGGUACUGAAUAAAGAGCAAAGGUUUAACGUUU